GUGGAGUAUAAAUGUGAGAAUGAGCAGAGAAGAAGUGAUUUACAAAAGAUGGCUUCAUCAUCUUGUAUUACCUAUAAACUCUUACUUCUGUCUACAUGCUUAGGUGUGCUUCAUGCGUUAAUUAACUCAUCAAGCGAAAGAGAAGCUCUUAUUAGAAGCGGAUGGUGGAGGAAUCAAAUCCCAUUAAAUAUCACUUCGAACCAUCAUCACUGCACCUGGAUUGGCAUUGGCUGCAGUGAGUCAGGUAGCGUCAUUUCUAUAAUACUCGAAGAUUAUUAUAUAGGGGAUGAGCUUGGAAAACUCAACUUCUCUUCAUUCCCAUACCUCCAAAGACUUUAUCUUUCCAACUGUGAUCUUAAUGGAAGCAUACCUUACCAAAUUGGAAUGCUUUCAAAACUCUACUCUCUCGUGCUUCAAAGAAACAAUCUCAGUGGUAAGUUACCUUCUUCCAUGGGUAGCCUCACUAACCUAGAGCUGCUUGAUGUAUCUAACAAUCAUCUCACGGGGUUCAUCCCCUCAGAACUAGGAAACCUGAGUAAUUUGGUUUCUUUAGUCAUUUCUUAUAAUAGUAUGAAUGGGACCAUUCCUGUGGAACUAGGAAACCUAAUUCAUUUGGAAGUUUUAUCACUUGAGUAUAACAAACUCACAGGGACAAUCCCAUUAGCUUUAGGCUCCUUGACUGUACUCUGCUACCUAUACCUCAGUUCUAAUCAAUUUAAUGGCUCCUUAGAUUUACAUGAUGCUAAUUUCCCUCAGCUCGAGUUACUUGAUGUGUCUAAUAAUUCUCUCACAGGCCCUGCACCUAGUUUUAAGAAUAGCACCAGUCUAAAAUAUCUAAACAUCUCCAAUAAUUUAUUCAGUGGACACAUCCCAAAAGAACCGCCUUACUGCUAUUCUUCCAAAAUUUGUUCGCGAUCACAUUUUUCCGACUUUGACCUCUCCAACAACCAUUAUUCUGUCAAGCUCCUGUCCAACCAUGAUUCAUUUACAAAUCACACAUGCUGCUAUACAGAAGAUGAUUUGGAUAAUCGUGAAGUGACCUUCCACCCAAGAAAAUCAGAACUAUGGAUUGUCCUCUACACAACUCUUCCUAUUAUCAUCGCUCUUUCCUUAGUGAUUCUAGUCCUUGUGUUCUUUUUUCGAUAUAGAAGUACAAAAAAGUUUCGGUAUAAAACUACAAAAAAGCAGAACACAGUGCAUGUGCGGGAUGGUGAUAUAUGCUCAAUAUGGAACUUUGAUGGAAACAUUGCAUAUGAGGACAUUUUAAGAGCAACAAAUAAUUUUGACAUCAGAUAUUGUAUAGGAACAGGCGGCUAUGGCAGUGUUUAUGAGGCUCGGUUACCAAACGGAAAAACUUUUGCCAUUAAGAAACUUCACCGUCUGGAAGCCGAGGACCCGAAUUUUGACAGAAGCUUCAAGAAUGAGGUACACGUCUUGUCAAAUAUAAGACACAAAAAUAUUGUGAAGCUCUAUGGUUUCUGCUUGCACAAUCGAUGCAUGUUUCUUGUCUAUGAGUACAUGGAGAAGGGGAGUUUGUUCUGUGCGCUCAGAGAUGAUGCCCAUGCAGUGGAACUCGAUUGGAGUAAGAGGGUGAACAUUGUGAAAAGCAUAGCACAUGCUUUAUCUUACAUGCAUCAUGACUGCACUCUCCCAAUAAUUCAUCGUGACAUAUCAAGUAAUAACAUACUUUUGAACUCUAAAAUGGAGGCAUUUGUCGCAGACUUUGGUGCAUCAAGGCUUUUAGAACCGGAUUCAUCCAAUCAAACUAUUGUUGCAGGAACUUACGGUUAUAUAGCUCCAGAGCUUGCAUACACUAUGGUAGUGACCGAAAAGUGUGAUGUGUAUAGUUUCGGAGUGGUCGCACUGGAAGUAAUCAUGGGAGGCCAUCCAGGGGACUUCUUGUCAUUAUUCACAUCUUCCAGAUGCACGAGGAAUAAAAUGUUGAAUGAACUGUUGGACACACGCCUCCCACGACCAACAAGACAACAAGAACAUGACAUAAUUCUUAUUCUGAACAAAGCAUUCGCGUGUCUGUGCUCCAAUCCCAGAUCUCGGCCAUCUAUGCUUACUUUAUCUCAGGCGUUUUUACAAAGUCCAAAGAUGCUGACUACAAAGUCCAUAUAUACCACUUCAGUUGAAGAAAUUUGUUGAUUUUGUAUAUUCUACUUGAUUUUUAGAGUAACAGGUUUCCUCCUCAGAUAAAGGCUCAAAUGUAUUGCUAAAAUGUAAGUGUUUUAAUUAUGCAGCCAUGAAUACGUGUUUUAAUUAUGCAGCCUAUCUGGCUAAAAUAUUAAAUGGAAACGUUUUGUUCACCUU